CGGUAUAUAAGUUUAAGUUGAUAUAUCUCCUGCAGUAUCUAACUAUCCAUCUCAAAGUGAGUUAAGGAAUAUUUUUAAAAUGAAGGGUUACUUCUUUGUAAUAACCGUAUUUCUGGCUUUGAUUGCCUCAUCAUUCAGUUCACCGGUGCAACAUGAAGUCGGAGAAUUGAAGCCUCUCGACUCUUUUCGUCCCGAGACAACGAAGGCACCCCGCAUCUUCCGUCGCUCCACUAAGUGCGACUUCCAAGCUUGCGACCAGCUCUGCCGGCGGCUGAAGUUCCCUGGUGGCGCUUGCAUUGGCGACAAGUGUGACUGCGACAAAUUUUAAAGCGAUAAAAAUAUAUGUAUAUAGAAUUAUAGAUUUAGAAAUAAAAGUCUCACUCGCUAUAGUACUCUGCGAUGUAGCAGUGUUGCAAAAGCUCUCGAGACUCCAUUGUGUACUUAAAGUCACGCUCAAAGUACGGACUAGCGUACGAGUACCUUGGUACCGAAGUUGAGCUUGACCCCCAGAAGGCCUUGCAUGGCAUGUGGAUCAGAUAUGUCAGUGUAACAGCUGAUUUAAAAAAAUGGCAUUGAAAUAUCCAUAUCGUAUCUCAAUCAAUAACCCUAAAUAUCAGAUGUAUUUUAAAAUUCGAAUCGAGCCGCAAGUCGUUUUUGUACUUUCUGUUUCAAACACCCGCAAAUCAAGGGUGUUCAGGCAUCUUCUCGGCGAGCUCACUCCAUCGUAGACCACGUCUUUGCCUUUGGCUAGUCUGUGGCCAAGAGUAAACCAUUAUAAUAAUAGUAAAGAAAAACUAUCCGUAGCUAUUCAACGCUGGAAUUCUGUGAGCGUUUCGCUCUUUUAUAAGUUUUUAUUUUCGGGCCUGUUUUAAUAUUUAUGUGAUUUAUUCAGGAUUUAUUUACCAAUAAAUUGAGUUAGUCAGUGAA